AUGUCUGUCAUUGAACCGUUUGUCAUAGCGUUUGAUUACCCGAUGAAGCUCAAAGGGAGAGGGUUGAGUGCUGCGCCGAUUAUCGAUUUCGUCGCAGGAGCGCUCUUCUUCAUCGAUACGUUUGUGGUCAACUUCUUAGAAGCCAAAGUUUUGACGUGUCGCUCCACGGGGCGACGGAAGCUCAUCACGACUCCCAGACUCAUCCGUAAGAUAUACAUCCUUGAAGGUUCAUUUGUCACGGACGUGAUAGUGAGCGUCCCGUUUGUCGUGCAAAUAAUCGCCUCGAUUAAAGGCGAAUCCACACCGGUGGAACGCCUAACGAGAAUUCUACGUCUUUUGCGAGUUCUUCGAGUGACUGGUUCAUCGUUGACGACGCCGGAGAUUUUGUUCAUGAAGCUGUUUCGUAUGACUCCGAUGGUGAUAUUCAUCGCGCAGACGCUGCUCGUGUUUGCGCUUUUGGUCCAUUCUGUGGCGUGCGUCUACAUCUUCGUUGCGAUUCAGGAAGGCCGUAAUCAAAGCUGGCUCACGCAGGCGGACUUGGCAGAUGGGUCAAACUCCGAAAUCUACAUCGUUGCACUAUAUUUUGCCACUGCCACGAUCACGACCGUCGGUUUUGGCGACAUCUCUGCGGGAUCGAAUGACCUCGAGCGUUGCAUAUCGACCGUAGCGAUGAUCGUGGGCGCGAUCUUCUUCGCCUAUCUCGUUGGGAGCAUGGGAGCAUCGAUUCAGGCACUUUCAACAACGAUGUCGCGACAGCGCAAAUUUCGAGAACGCGUGACGCGUGUGCACGCAUUUCUCGAUCGGCAACACGCACCGACGCACAUCAGGAGGCACAUCAUGUCGUUCAUUUCAGAAGUCGAGCCACGGCGCACGUUCCUACGAGAAAACGAAGAAAUCAUGAAGUCAUUGCCGACUGAUUUAAUGGCGUCCAUGGCGCACCACAUGCUCGCGCCGAACGUUGGUCGAAUAUUCGGGAACGUCUCGAACGGCCUUUGUCAGCACAUCGUGAGUGUAUUCGAGCUAGUCGUCAUCGAGCCUGGAAUGGUCAUAGAUUCUGGUUACUUUUACGUCGUCACCGAAGGAGUCGUGGCAAUUUCAAGUCCCAACGAGCGCAAAAUGAUCGCUGUUCUCACUGGGCAAGCCGAUGCGUACUUGUGCUACUUUGGAUUGGACGAACUCAUUCCACCCGAACGAAGAAAAUCAGUCCGCGCUUCGGCGCUCACCGUGUGCGAACUCUGGCGCGCGCGCGCAUCGGCCAUCGAAGAAAUCUUCAAGUCUCACCCGUUCUUGGCGCAGAUAAUGUUAGAGAAAAUUCGAUCCCUCGAAGACGACGAGUUUAGCGAAUUGCUCGCCUAUCGAGUUUUCAUUCUGGAGUCUUUUUUAGCGCGCUUUGUCGCCAUGCGCGAGAGUGGUGAGUGA